CGGGCCGGGCAGGGCAUGGCCGCCGCUCACGUCUCCGCCGCGCCCGCCCAGCGCCGCGGCUGGGGCGCCCGGAGCCGGCCCGGCCCCGCGGAGGGCGAGGGCGGGGAGGCCGCGGAGCAGAGCGGCGACUGGCGACAGCCCGAACCCGAGCCGGAGGCGGACGAGAGGCGGCGGCGGGCGGCGGUGGAAGCCCCGGCGCCCAAGGAGAACGCGUGGACGAGGCGCAGGGCGGCGCGGGACGGCGGGGACACGGACGCGGCCGAGGCCGCCGGCCUGCGGGACCCAGAACUAGAAAAUUCCAAUAAAGUUAUAAAGGCAGCGAAACCCAGGACAAGGAAAUACAGCAAGACUGGUGACUUCGGUGAUAUCACAAACUGGCCAACACCAAGUGAAAUAGCAAAUAAUGAAUGUAAGACUGUAAGUCACAACAAGAAGCCAACAAAUAGAAAAGAAAAGGAGGAGAAAUCUGAUCAAAAAGGCAAUAAUGGAACCAAGGACAACCUGGAGGCAAAGCCAGAUGGUCCAGGCGAUAACAUCAGUGAAGAUGAAAGUCAAACUAAUAAUCAAAGGAAAAAAGGUAACAAGCAGAAAUGGCUGCCACUUCACUUGGAUGAUGUAAGGUCAGAUAGUCAAGAAAGACCAGGCUCUCGAAGUAGCUCAAGAUCUCAGCUGGAAACAAACAAGUUAAUACCUCAUAACAACAGACGGAAUGAGACAAGAAAUUGGCGUCGUGAUAGAGAAAGGAGAGAUGAUCACGAUGAAGUGUGCAGCGUGAGAAGUGAGGGUGGCAGCGUUCGAGGAUUCUCCAGAGGCAGAGGAAGAGGUAGAGGCAGAGGAAGAGGACGAGGCAGAGGAAACCCUAGAAUGAAUGUUGAAUAUUACUCAACUGGUUAUCAAGAACUGUAUGAUGAAAGAACUGACCAAGCAUUUCAACCUGAGCUUAAUGCUAGUAUGAUGUAUUACUACGAUGAUGGAACAGGAGUGCAGAUGUAUUCUGUGGAUGAAACACUUCUCAAAGAAUAUAUAAAACGUCAAAUUGAGUAUUAUUUCAGCACAGAAAACUUGGAAAGAGACUUCUUUCUGAGGAGAAAGAUGGACCAACAAGGAUUUCUGCCUGUUUCAUUGAUUGCCAGCUUCCACCGGGUGCAAGCUCUGACUACAAAUGCUAUGCUUAUUUUGGAGGCCCUAAAGGACAGCACAGAAGUUGAAACAGUGGAUCAGAGGAUAAGAAAAAGGGUUGAUCCAGAGAAGUGGCCAAUUCCAGGUCCUCCUCCAUGCAGUCUGCCACGGACUGACUUUUCUCAGCUCAUCAAUUGUCCAGAAUUCAUACCAGGACAAGUUUUUGGCUCUCAUACUGAGUCUGCACCAAGUUCUCCAAGAAUAGGAAGCUCGCUGAGUCCAAAGGAAAACACUGAAACGAGUAAUUUUCAGAUGAUGUCUAAAGGAUUGUCUACAAGUUUGCCUGAUUUGGACUCCGAACCUUGGAUAGAAGUGAAGAAGAGGCAUCGUGCAUCCACAGUCAAAGUAAAGGAAUGUGUUCCUGUACCUGAUCAAAUGUCAGAUCAACAACAGCCACCUCCACCAUCAGAGGAACAAGAACAAGAAGAACUUGAUUUUUUGUUUGAUGAAGAGAUGGAACAGAUUCAAGGUCGUAAGAAUAAACUUACUGAUUGGUCAGACAGCGAUUCAGAUUAUGAAAUUGAUGAUCAGGACGUAAACAAGAUUUUGAUUGUAACACAGACGCCACCAUAUAUGAGAAAACAUUGUGGUGAAGAUCGUACUGGCAACCAUGUAUGUCAUGCAAAAAUUACAUCAGAACUUGCUAAAGUUAUUAAUGAUGGCUUAUACUAUUACGAACAAGACUUGUGGAUGGAGCAGAGUGAAAAUGACACUACAAUGAAGCAAGAGAUUGAGAACUUUAAGAAGCUAAAUCUCAUUAGUAAGGAAGAGUUUGAUAAUCUUGCACCAGAACCAGUCGCUGAUCCAACUGAGGAAAUUCCUCCAGGGUCUUCAGGGUUAGAGAAAGUAGAGGAGCUGGCUUGUAAUUCAUUCGGUAUUGAAGCACCUCCAACGGCAGCUGUGGCUCGAUCACUGCCAACAAUAGUUCCAGAAUCUCCCCGUGUUCACCCUGGCUUCACUCCACGAACCCCUCGCACCCCAAGGCUACAGGAUCCCAACAAAACACCCAGGUUCUACCCUGUUGUUAAAGAAGCACAGUCCAUUGAUGUAAAGACUCCAAGAAAAAGAAAAACACGACACAGUACAAAUCCUCCCUUAGAAUGCCAUGUUGGUUGGGUGAUGGAUUCCAGAGACCAUAGGCCAAGAACUUCCUCUGUGAGCAGCUCCAGUGCUUCACCCUCAGAAGGAGCUCCACUCACAGGAGGUUACGGGUGUACCCCAAAUUCUCUUCCAAAAUUUCAGCAUCCUUCUCACGAACUGUUAAAGGAAAAUGGCUUUACACAACAGGUAUACCACAAAUACCAUCGGAGAUGUCUAAUGGAGAGGAAACGGUUGGGAAUUGGCCAGUCCCAAGAAAUGAACACACUUUUUCGUUUCUGGUCCUUUUUUCUGAGAGAUCACUUUAACAAGAAAAUGUAUGAAGAAUUCAGACAACUUGCUCUAGAUGAUGCAAAAGAACACUACAGGUAUGGAUUGGAAUGCUUGUUUCGAUUUUACAGCUAUGGCUUGGAAAAGAAAUUCAGGCAAGAAAUAUUCAAGGACUUCCAAGAAGAAACAAAGAGGGACUAUGAAGCUGGUCAGCUUUAUGGACUGGAAAAAUUUUGGGCUUACCUAAAAUACUCUCAGCACAAAACACCAGCCAUAGACCCCAAACUGCAAGAAUACCUUAGUAAAUUUAGAAGACUGGAGGACUUCAGAGUGGAUCCUCCUAUUAGUGAAGAGCCUGGCAGGAGGAGACCGUUUGCUGCAACAGGUGAGGAUUCAGGUCAUCGCAGACAACUGUCUAAUUCUUCUAAAACGCUUCUUGCAGCUCAUCCCACAGCUGCCAGUCAGUCCCAGGCACUGGAAGACAUUACCAGUGGGAGUACUGCACAAGCGCACAUAGUAGGUCAUAAUAAUGCUGCCACAAAAUUGAUAGAAAGUGAUGUACCAGAAAAAUAGACUAAGACUUGCGCCCUUGAGAAUCAACUUUUACAUCGCUAUUUCAAUUUGGAGAUCUCCAAGGCGAGCCAAUCUAAUAUGUGAUUAAAAGCGUAUAGGAAGACAAAAGUUUGCAUUUUCUUUUUCAGAGGAUUAAGUUCCAAAAUGCUUACCCUAGGAGAGUCAUUCUUGGUUUUGGGAUCAUCAGGAAGGUCCUAGGGAAGAUCCUUUGGCUUCAGUAUUGCUUUCCUCAAGCUUUUGUUUACAAAAAACUGCAUUCCUUGCAUAUGCAAAAAAAUACCUUGGGGAUGCCUUACAUUUCAGCUCGUAUUUCUUAAAAAAAGGUAUGAUAUAUCCAUCUUAUUUACUGUGCAUUCUUUGUCCCGAUUUUCCCAUUAUUUGUAUUUUACCAAAGCAAAAAAGAUGACAUUGUAUGUAUAAUUUAAAUGUAAAGAAGGAUCUAUGUGAUUGGUUUGCUCUCAAAUCUGUAACUAUAAAAAGUAUGUUUUUGUGUAAAAGCACUCAAGAAUGUGCAGCUAUAUAUGAAACUGCAUUGCUGGAUUCUAUUUAAAGACAUAGUAUCUAUUUUUUUCAGGGUCUCCAUAGUUAGUAUUAAGUAUGGAGUUUGAGUGGACAUAACUGGGAUAGUUUUGCAGAUACUUCCUUCAAUACUGGUUAUUAAUAGGCAACAGUAAAAUACAGGGAAAAAUUGAUCUGCUGAUUUCAUAGUGUCUUAAAUUGACAUACAGUAUCUGCAAUUUGUGCAGGUUGUUAAAAUAGCAAACUUCAAAUUAUUCUCAGUUUGAGAGGUGUUUUCAUCUGAAUUCUCAUAUGAUUAUAAAGUACCCUAACAGAAGAGGCAUAACUUCUUAAAGACUCUUUUUCUCUGUAUUUCAAGGAAUAAAAAUUAGUCUGGAGGGAAACUAAGUGUUCCUUGUGAACUUUUUCUUUGCUUUAUUUUGCAAUGUUUGAAUGAAGUUCUGCUUAAAUUGCGCUAGCUAAGAUUAAAUAAUUUCAAACAGGUCUAAAUACAAUUUCACUGAAUUUAAGUUAUUGAAAUACAACUUCAUUUCUGUAGCUAAAGGAUAGAGGUGGUUAUAUCCUGUAAUUUCUUAUUUUUUUUACUUUGAUUUAAAAAAAACUCAAAAUUAACUGAGCAAGUAAUUUAUUUCUUCCAAGGGUAGGUGAAAAGAACUUCAGCUUUUUGUUACUGGUUAGUUGUGAAAAAGCCUUCAGUUGAAAACUGUCUAGCACAACUGCCUUAACCCCUGACUGUGUCCAAACAGAAUGAACAUUCUUAUAUGCAGUUUCAUACUUGUAUCGCAUCUCAGAAGUUGUUAUAAAAAGUCCAUUAAUUUUUUUUCAGUCAUUGUCUUGUGAAUCUCAGUGACAUGAAUUAUGAAUGCCUGCAUUGUAAACGUGUACGGUAGCAGUGGCUUGACCAACAGUUAGUUUCAAUACAAAAUUGAGCCUUUUGUUUAGUAGUUGUUCAUGUUCAUUUAUAACAGGCCACUUAAGUAACAUCCUUUCAAUAUGCUGAAGUGACACAUCUCAAUCCCAUGUUCGAUCCCUGCCUCUUGCUAUCCAUGAAAAUGAUGAAAAUGUAAAUUUGAAGUUAUAUAUAAAGAAAUACUUAUAUUUCCUUUCACUUUUUUCAUUGGACAAUAUGCAGAUUAAGCUUUUAGUGUGUAAUUUUGUGAUAUCUUGACAAAUUUUAUAAAAACAACCCAAAAAACUC